AGGAAAUACUCAAUCUGUGCCACUCACUGCGUGAGCCUCUCUCCUGCACUGCCAAAGGAAGCAAUCACCAAAAUGAAGACUGCUCUAAUUUUACUCAGCAUUUUGGGAAUGGCCUGUGCUUUCUCAAUGAAAAAUUUGCAUCGAAGAGUCAAACCAGAGGAUUCUGAAGAAAAUGGGGUGUUCAAGUACAGGCCUCGAUACUAUCUUUACAAGCAUGCCUACUUUUAUCCUGCUCUGAAGCGAUUUCCAGUUCAGAGCAGUAGUGACUCAUCUGAAGAAAAUGAAGAUGGUGAUAGUUCAGAAGAGGAGGAGGAAGAAGAGGAAACUUCAAAUGAAGAAGAAAAAGAUGAAAAUGCUGGGGACAUGCGAAAGCAAGCUACAAAGAAGGAGGAAAGCGAUGAAGAAGAGGAGGAGGAGGAAGAGGAAGAAAAUGAAAAUGAAGAAAACGAAGCAGAAGUGGAUGAAAACGAUCAAGGCGUUAACGGCACCAGCACCAACAGCACGGAGACGGAAAAUGGGAAUGGCAGCAGCGGCGGGGACGCCGGAGAGGGAGGGGAAGGUGACAGCGUCACUGGGGAGACCGCAGGGACCAGAGGACAGACCACCUCUCCAAACGGGGGGUUUCAACCCACAACCCCGCCUCCGGAGGUCUAUGGGACCCCCUCCCCGCCAUCUGGGAAAACCACCACCUUUGAAUAUGAGGAGGAGUACGAACAAACAGGCACCAACGAAUACGACAAUGGAUACGAAGUCUAUGAUAGUGAGAACGGGGAGCCUCGUGGGGACACUUACCGCGCCUACGAGGACGAGUACAGCUACUACAAAGGCCAAAGCUAUGACGGCUAUGAAGGUUACUACUACCACCAGUGA